AUGUCUUCACAGAGUGGAGCAGACCAUUACAAGUCCCUAGUAGAGCAAUUCUACGAAGCCUUGCUGCUGCUCAAAGCUCUGAGCGGCCUUCGUGACGGCCACGACGGAUUCCCUGGGAGACAAAACCUAAGGAAGGAACGCCUCCGAAGCUUCUUGCGAGGUCUGGCAUACUUUUGCGACUUCAAGAAGGGGGGCGACACAUACACGGGUAUUGGCCUCGAGGAGGCUGAGACUGAAUACAUCUUCUGGGUUACCUCAAACAAGCAUCGACCUGAGUUGGCAGCCCACCUCAGUGACAUGUUGGAUCGCCUAAAAAAGCUAAAAGAUGCUCCGGAGGACAUGAAAGGGCGUCACAGACGCAGUCUGCAAGCAAUGUGUUUCUCAAAAUCAGGGAAGCGGAUCGGCAUGUAUCAAACACAUUUGACCAAAUCCAUUACUGAUGCCCAAAAUCUCCUGACCGAACCGAAGACAAAGCACGAUCGAGAAUUGUCCUUGUGGAUGUCCGGGCUCCUCGAGGCUGAUCCAAAGAACUAUGUAGAGCUUUGUGAUUCUAUUUUCACUGCGUCAAAGGAAAACCAUAUGCUGAGGCUUCUCCGCUCCCGAGCGAAGUUUGAGAGGAGCCUGGAAAAUAUUCGAGGCAAAAGAAAUGCCUUUGACGAAGUUAAGCAUUAUAUUGGCCGUUUGGCUUCUCAUACUCGCACGCUCAAUCAACUAUGCGAUUAUGUAGAUGACCCCCUGAUUGAGGAGAUAAUCCGAGCCCAAAGGGUUCGGCAGAUUGAUCCUCUCGAACAGACAUCAGAAUCGACAUUGGACAUACAAGCAACACUGAACGGGCUUCUCGUUGGGAUAAAAGAUGGCGCUGAGAGACGAGAAGUCCAGUCUCGGCUGGAUGACUUGAACAGACAAUGUGAGAUUUUCAAGGACAUUUCAAAUCAGUACAGUUAUUUCAAGCCCAGGGUCCACGCGGAGGUUCAGAUCCUUGAGCAUUUCUAUAGAAAUAACCUCAGGUUUGCCAACGACGACAAGUUUGUUGGCGGCAGUAAGCCUUCUUGUGAAUGCUGUUACCUGUACUUCAAGUACCACCCUGCCCGGAUGGUACUUCCGGAGUCAUCACACAAGGUCUUCAUCAACUGGAGCUUGCCGCCAGUCGCCGAACCUCAGAGUGGAGAGGCCGACUUCACACAGCAACGGAAAAUCUUGAGCAAGAUGGUCAACGUCCUUAUUUAUAAUGCCGUUUCUGAAAUACUGGACUGCAGAACCGCUCCCUGUUGGCGCCCCGAUUCUUUGACUGAUUUAUCCAGCUCCAUUGCGUCCUUCCGGCUGCUGGAACCAGAUGGUGUGACUGGACCAUCUUGA